UCCCGGAAACAAUUUCUCUGAUUGUCAUAAAACAUGAAAUUAAACGAAUAUAUUAGUAAAUGAUUUUUGACAUACUUUUUGUCAGAACUCAAAAACUAUCUGCAGUUAUUUAAAAGAUAAAAUUGUAUAUUAAAAUCUAUAGAUAUACAAAUUAAAGUGUUUUUGUGUGUUUGCGUAAGUGGUGCGCAAAACUCUUGUGUUCAUCACAAACAUACACAAAAAUUAAUAUAUCUUUAAAGAAACAAGUUUUUUGAUUUGUUUUUCGUUAAUUUUGGAGUAAAACCUUAGAUUACUGAUUACUGAUAAUAUUAAAGAAAUUAUAUUCAGAAAUGGAUGUAACGAAAUCGAAAUCAAGGUACACAAGAGCAGAUCUGUUGGCUCUGCGAUAUGAAAGUAAAAGUCGACAGCGCCCGCAAUGUACAAAUCGAACUGAACUUCACACAUUGGGCUUUUGGAAAAUUAAUUUUAACGCAGCUUCGUUAAAUGUCGUAAACAACUUUUUAAAUCAAAACAAACAUCGGCUGUCCCCUGAAGCAGAUAACUCGACUCUGAACUGUUCCAACAACGGAUCAAUAAGCUCUCGUCGCGCCCUGAGAAAUCGUGAACGGGCGAAUAACUACUACCAACGUUUUAUACCUGCGGAUUCUCUCCAAGCAGGAGGGGGUGAGGAGAAGGAUAAGGAUUCACAGGCAGAUAGGCAGUCGUUUAAAUUACCCGUCAUUGAUCAUCGGAGCAUAUCAUCGUCACACCUGAUGCCGGCGUUUGCCAAGAAGCGUUUUGCAGCAGUGACCGGUGGCAAUGGCGUGGAGAACAGUGAGGCGACAGUAGACACAAGUGCAUCCUACAGAAGGGAAAGCAAGGGGACACCCGUAUCUCCUAGUCGAAAAACAAUCGAGUUGGAUAGUUUUGAAACACGUUUAAAUUACACUCCUGAUCACGACGUGGGCUCAUCAUCUUCCCCAACAUUCUCGACAACCAGACAGGAAAGGAGGAUUGGCAGUGGUCGCCUUUUGCCCAGGAAUGACAAUUGGGAAUAUAAAGGUCAAAAGUCAAAGGAAAUAACCCUUGAUGCUGAAAAUGACAGUGCACCCAUUGAAAGCGGAGGAGGAAGUGGAGUCAAUCAAACUAAUCAAAGCCAACACCGCCAUCGCACGUUUAGUGGACGAUUGGUUGAUCGUGUUCCUGAACCUACAGACCGUCGUUUUCAAUAUGACACCAAAAGGACACUUGAUCGACAGGGAGUUAGUGGUCGACGCUUGUCAAAUAAGGAGUCCAACAAUAAUCAAAGUCGUGGGAAGCGCGGUAACUCGUAUCAGAUCCUCGAAGAACCAGAAUGGUUUAGCGGCGGGCCAACAUCACAGCUUGAAACCAUUGACCUGCACGGCUUUGAUGAGCUGGAAAACACUGAAGAAUGCUCCGGUGAAAAAGAUUACGAUCAAUUUUCUCACAAAGAUAAAAAGUUGAAUGUGCAGGCAACCAACGAUAAAAGUUCGAGGCGAAGUAGUAAUGCCAGUUUGAACGACCCAAGUCCAUUGGACGAUAUGAAACAUAUUGGUGAAAACAAAUUGACAUUUACUCAAAAUUUAUCAGAAGCGACAAAUCAGAAUAACCAUUCGAGUCAGUUGCACUACAACCAAAGUUCUGAAAGUGAAUUUAAUUUCGACGCCUUUCUCAACAUACAUCCUUUGGAUCAUUCCCUUAUGAUAAAUGAUGGAGUUGAAAAGGGCGAAACGAAAGGAACAUCCCGUUUUACACGAUGGUUUCGAAAUAAGGAAGCUGCAAAUAAUCACGAGCUUUCAGGAUUGCGGGAAUCACAAGCCCAAGAAAAAUUAGGUAUUCCAAGUGUCAAAGAUUUGGAAGCACAAAUGACUAAGGUGGAAAUGGCGACAGAAAGUGCGAGUCCAAUGGCAGGACCAUUCCCUAAUAUGGUGCACGUUGAAACCCCCAUUGCCCGAGAUACUGAGGCGUUCAAGAAGUUGCUGCAACAGUUGGGCUCUCAAGCAAGGCAGCCCAAUUCUGGCAAUGAUGUAUAUCAUAUGAUAAACCAUUCAAAUGUGGCAAAGCCAGACCAGUUUGAGUCAAGUCAACAAAAUAAGCUGAACGACGGCCAUCAGCAGGAAACUGGUUUGAAUGUCCGCGCGCCAAACAUUGCGAACAGUAAUCACAUCUUUACGCAAAAACAACAUCUAAUUCAAAGCCUUCUUUGCGGAGAAGUUUCUAUGGACUUUCUGGAAAAAGAGUUUGGCAAUCCUAGCACUCCAGCACCCACAAGGGAGGCUAUUGCAGCCGUCCUUCGUGAUUAUUCUCAAACGAAAAGGAACCCUGUUUCUCCUGCCGAUCAUCAGAUUAGCACACAUGCAUCGUUUCUUCAAGCUCCACCGGUUCAUCAGCAUUAUUCUGAAGAAUUGAUUUCGCAAAAUUGUGCCAACCAAGCUUUUAAUCAGCAUAUUGGCCACGGUAAUUGCCCAACUCCUCUCGCAUUUACGCCUACAUCAGUUCUUAGGAAAAUGACUGCUGAUAAAGAUACAACUCAAACCCCGAGCACAUCUCACAGCCAAUAUCAAAUGCACCUACAGCACACUAAACAACAUGGUACGAACUCAAACAUGGGGCCUGAUACGCAACCGACGGCAGCUAUGGCCGCACAGCCCCGAAUGAUAUUAGGCGGAGGCAACUUUACUAUAAACCCGAAUGCCCAGCAAAUGUCUUCUAAUCUGCCGCAGUGUCGUAGCCAUCCGGUGGUAAAAUGGACCUCUGGUAAUAUGCAAAUGCCGCAGGGAAAAUCAUUUGGUCGACCUAUUCUAAAAGGAGGACUAAAUUCACUGCCUCAACAAAAUCCAGCAGCUUCUUUUACGCCCCAUAAAAUCGAAAUGCAGCCAGUGCUGCAACAGAUGCCGCAGCAACAACUUCGAUUCAAAUCCACCCAACCUGCGGAAUCAAUUUUAAGUACUGAAAAUGUGCAUCAGGACAUUCAUUCUCCUGCGGGAUGGCAUCAACUUUUUUUGCAACAACAGCAGCAACAGGCACGUCAACAACCUAGACACAGGGUUAUUUAUGGGGAAAUGCAUCGCCAAGCAAAUCUACCAAUGUCGUCACCCAUACCAGGUUAUUGUGACAGCCCAGAAUCUGUAAAUGGAAUUAAAAGUAAUAGCAUCGCAGCUUCCGGCUACCACAGAGAGGACCAAGUGCCGUCCCCAACCACUAAUCAAUUGGCACAGUGGUUUUCUCCGGAACUUCUUGCUAGAGCUUCAGCUGGAAAACUUCCUCUCUUAAAUAUGAGCCAAGCGCUUAGCUUAGAAGAAUUUGAGCGUAGUAUUCAGCAUUCCUCAGCCGUUGUGCACAAUUAAUUCUUUAAGAAGUAUUUAAGUUUAAAGCAGUGUAAUAAGAAAUUUAAUUAAAUCCAAUUUUUAAAUGUUCAAAAUAAA